AUGGAUGAUCAACUCGUCGAUAUCACUUUAUGUCAACAACUUAGCCAGUUAAUUACUCAAGUAACAGAGUCGGGCCAGGCUAAACUAGACGAGAAAGCAAGCAAAGAGAUUAAGAAAUUAUGUCGUAUAUCCGAUGGCUACAUCAAGCAAGCCUAUCAUCGACUGAUGACUCAACUAGCUAAAGAUCAUGCUGAGAUCCGCUUAUCUGCCGUGCAAGUUAUAGAUGAACUAUUCAUGCGCUCACAUACAUUUCGAGAAGCACUUUUGAACGAUUUCAAUCAGUUUCUUGAUCUUACUGUGGAAACCAAUCUUAAAAUGCCCCUUCCACCUCCACAAACAGUAGCUAGAAAUUUGAAAAGACUAACGUUAGAAGCCAUGCGACGAUGGCAUCAACAAUUUGGUAAAGGUUACCGAAAGUUGCAACUCGGAUAUGUAUUCUUAAAAGAGAAGAAACAUAUUGAUUUCGAAGAUAUCUAUGCUAGAUCUUUAAUUGAGCGCCAAGAAGAGGAAAGGAAAAAGAAAAAGGCAGAAGAAUUAGCUACAAGAAAGCGAGAAUGUGUAUGCAAGAGCAUGGAAGAAUUUGUACCUGAUAUUCAAAGGAUAUUAACAGAAAUGAUGACAUGUUUCGAGUUACUGAUACCUUCUUACCGUCACCAUACUGACGAUGAUUUGUCCAAAGUAACUGAAAAAACUGAUCAGGCAAGCAUUGCUAAUAAGAAUGACCAUCUUACCAAUAAUAAUCAAAAUAAUGAAGAAAUUUCUGAUGCAAAGGGAGAAGAAAAACCGUUAUUGGACUCCGCACUUCACCAUACUUCAAAUCAAACGUUGAGCAAAGCUGAUGAAAACCUUAGAGAACACGGAAUGCUGUCCCAUAGUCAUAACGUUGUUGUCGUAAUUGAUCAAGAUAAUAUAAUGCAGAUUCGUGAAAAUGCCGAUAACUGUGAUAUUUUGGAUUUAUUAAACGAUUCACAGAAGUUGCUUAAACACAAAUACUUACUUAUGGUUAACAAAUGGUUAGAUAUGAUGACCAAAGCUCAAGGAGAUCAAGAUUCACUGUACAAAAUUAUCGAUAUCAGGGAUGAAAUCACUCAAACUCUGGACAAGUUUAGCAAAUUAACGAUAAUUCCUAUGUCUCCUAUUAGUAAAAAGUUACUAAAAAAUAAUGUUGCAGUUGAGGAAGACGAAGAUUCAUCAGAUGAAUUUAUUGAAGUGGAAGAGCAAGCAAAUAGCGACAAUGACGAGGACAUUUUUGGAGAAUCUUUGGAUUUAGAUAAUGAUAAUGCUGACUUGGAAAAUUUCAAAAUGAGGGCGUCCAACGAGAAUGAAAACACUUUUGAGCAGCAAAAGUUACGAAAGCGGCGAGAACUUCUUGCUGUGGCUCCCGUUAUUCCAUUUGGUAUAGAUCUUUAUCAUUGGGAGGACAAAGAUAGUGAAAUUCCUCGAAUAGAAAAGUAUAAAUAUGAUUUAGCUGAUGCGUUGCAUACAAGCUGCAUUACAUUUCAGUUAAUUAGUACUAAUACUCUCAUUUAUGAUCGCAGUAAAAAUACUUCUCAACACCAAUUUUGGUUUAACAGCAACGAGGAUGACGUUGAUAUUCCAGAGUGUCCUUUUCACGGCAUUAUAAUUCCCCGCAAUGCGAAAGGACAACCUGUCAAUCCUGAUGGAAGUGUCAAAAAGGACUCCUUAACAGAAGCAUCAGCAACUCGAGAAAGUCAAGCAGGACCUUCUUGGAAAGAUAUUCAGGAAGAAAUUGAAGCUGGCACUGGAAUAACUUUUACAAAACCUGGGAAAAAGCGAAAAGGAACCAAAAGGAAAAGUAAAUCUAAUUUAACUAAUCUUAAGGAAGCAAAAAAUACUUCUCGCUAUCGUCUAGAGGAUAAAAUAUUUAAGCCUUCAGUCGUAAAGAAAAUGAAGAAAGCGCAAAUAGACGAAAUGCAAAGGAAAGCUCAUGAUAAAUUUAUGCAUAAUUGGAAUUAUUCUCUUCGGAAAUGA